CCACCACCACCACCACCCGCAUCCCCCCCCUCGCUCCCUCCAUCUCUGAUGGCUCUAUGGGGAGUCAUCAGCCUCAGCCUCCACUGCUGGGUGUGUUUACAGUCGGUGUUAACAGCAGCAGCAACAGCAGCAACAACAACAUCCAGCCUCCCCAAUGACAAGCCUGGGGGCCCCCUGGAUUGGCUCCUCUCUGAUAAGGGGCCCUUCCAUCACUCCCAGGAGUACAUUGACUUUGUGGACAAGAACCGGCUCGGCUUCUCCACCAGAUACAAGAUAUAUAGGGAGUUUGGGAGAUGGAAGGUGAAUAAUCUGGCAGUUGAACGGAGAGAUUUCCUGGAGUCUCCAUUACCUCUGACAUCUGAGUUUAUCAGGAACAUACGACUCCUGGGCCACAGACCCACCACGCAGAUGAUCACUGACAACCUGAUCAGGAAGUAUGGCACUCACUUUCUGCUGUCAGCUACCCUGGGAGGUAAACAAGAAAAAGCAAAUGGAGAAGAGGCGUUGACGAUAUUUGUGGACAAGAGGAAACUGAGUAAGAAAGCAGAGGUGAGCGACUACUCUGGGAACUCGUCCACUGUGACUCUGGAGGCUCUGCACCAGCUGGCUGCCUCCUACUUCAUUGACAGAGAGAGUACCCUGCGCAAGCUGCACCACAUCCAGAUCGCCUCCACUGCCAUCAAGGUGACCGAGACCCGCACAGGUCCGCUCGGAUGCAGUAACUAUGACAACCUUGACUCUGUAAGCUCUGUUCUGGUUCAGAGCCCUGAAAAUAAAGUACAGCUUCAAGGCUUACAAGUGAUCCUUCCAGACUACUUGAGAGAAAGUUUUGUGCAGGCUGCUCUCAGCUACAUAGCCUGCAAUGGAGAAGGCGAAUUUGUCUGCAAGGACAAUGACUGCUGGUGCAACUGUGACCCCAAGUUCCCAGAAUGCAACUGCCCAUACAUGGACAUCCAGGCCAUGGAGAAGAGCCUGGAGAGAAUCACGGAGACAUGGGGGAUUCUCUACAAGGAAUUUGAGGAAUCAGAUGAAUUCAAGGCAUUCUAUGCAAGGCUGCCCCAGAACUAUUUCCUCAACAUGUCAGCCAUCCAACAUCUAUGGUCCCUGGAUAGUUUGUUCCAGUGGCGAUAUGAGCAGCUGGAGACCAGCAUGAAGGUCCUCUCCAAGCGGGCACAGAGAGUCAUCUUUAAGCUCUUCAGCCUCAGCAAAAGAUGCCACCGACAGCCCCACGUCCACCUACCCAGAGAACGGCCUCAGUCCUACUGGCUGAGUCAUUUCCAGUCCCUCCUGUAUUGCUCAGAGAACAACCAGCUUGGCGAAUUCUCCGAGGAGCUUCAUAGCUGCAGUUGCCAGUACGAACACAGCCCCUGUCAGCUGCCGACGCCCUGCACUGUUGGGGAAGGCUCGGCGUGUGUGGCAUGUGCACCGGACAACCACACCCGCUGCGGGAGCUGCAACGUGGGCUUUGCCCUGACACAGGGCGGCUGCAGGCCUAUGGUGGCGGACUCUACGGAGAACUACCUAGGAUUCGAGACGGACCUCCAGGAUUUGGAGCUGGGCUACCUCCUGCAGAGAGCUGACCGUAGGCUAGAGGUGCACGCCAUCUUCAUCAGCAACGACAUGAGACUCAACAGCUGGUUUGACCCAUCGUGGAGAAAAAGGAUGCUGCUGACGCUGAAGAGCAACAAGUACAAGUCCAAUAUGGUCCACAUGCUGCUUGGAAUAUCCCUUCAGAUCUGCCUUACACAGAACAGCACCCUGGAGCCUGCCCUUACUCUCUACAUCAACCCCUUUGGAGGGAGUCAUUCAGAGAGCUGGUACAUCCCUGUCAACGAGAACAGUUUUCCAGACUGGAAGGCCACCAAGCUGGACCUACCUUUCGAGUGCUAUAACUGGACUCUAACACUGGGCAACAAAUGGAAGACGUUCUUUGAAACUAUUCAUAUUUACCUUCGGAGCAGGAUAAAAACUCAAGAUGGAGUGAAUGACAGUGUUUAUUAUGAGCCUUUAGAAAUGACAGAACCAUCCAGGAACCUGGGCUACAUGAAGAUCAACAGCAUCCAGGUCUUUGGCUACAGCAUGCACUUUGACCCAGAGGCAAUCCGCGACCUGAUUCUGCAGCUGGACUACCCAUACACCCAAGGUUCCCAGGACACAGCAAUGCUUCAGCUCCUAGAGAUACGAGACAGGGUCAACCGGCUGUCACCACCCGGUCAACAGAAGUUGGAUUUGUUUGCCUGUCUUCUCCGGCACCGACUCAAACUGACUGCCAGUGACGUGGUUCGCAUUCAUGCCUCCUUACAGGCUUUCAGCUCACGCCUGCCGAAUUCGAUUGAGUACGAGACGACCAAGCUGUGCAGUUAACAGCUGGUUGAAGGGACGUAUACACUUCAAAAAGCGCAAAGAGGACAUAAGAAUUUUGUGGCUUAAAGUUGUGCUCUGCCUCACUGGAUUACCAAACUGCUUGGUUAAUCAGGAGGACACCAGCUGUGGACAGCUGAAGAAUGUACUCAUCUGGUUGUUUUGGUUUUUGUUUUGUGGCGACUAACAGUCUAUAUUACCGAAAAUGAGGUGGAUCAGCUAGAAAAUGCACAACUGUUUCUCAAGAACAAACUCACAAAAGAAUUCAGCAGUAGAAAUUCAGACAUCGCUACAUAAAGUUGAACCAUCCUGUUUCAGUAUGAUUCUGCUCAUUUAUACUGUCAGUACCAAUGCCGAUUGGAAAUCAAUUGACAUUUUAUGGUAAAAAAUUGGUCUGUUUGUUUGUAAUUUUUAUAUGUUUCUUUGCUUCAGUGACAGUGCACUUUCCAUGAAGACCAGAAUACAGUGGUGUCAGUCAAGAUUUUGUAGAUAAAUUGAUAUUAAAACAUCAUGUUAUCACAGA